CAUGGGGAAAGCGGCCGCUCUGUGCCGAGGCGGUGGCUGUGGCGGCCGCUCCCGCGGGCUCUCGUCGUUCUUCACCGUUGUCCCCUGCCUGUCCUGCCAAACGGCGGCGCCGAGCAUGAGCGCUUCCACGCCCGGCUCCGAGCCGGAGCCCAAGCCUCAGCACCAGGCGGUGCCCCAGCCCAAACGGGAUCUGGUGUCAGAACAGGUGUCGGAGCCAGUUUCUGAGCCGGUGCCAGGAUCGGAGCCUGAGUCCAGGAAGAUGUCUGAGCCAAGGCCAGGGUUCAAACAGGAAUUGGAACUGCUGCAGGGUUUGGGGACCGGGUCAGGGCCCCGGGAAGAGUUGGGCUCAAGCCUGGGGGCUGGGCCCUUCACCAAGGCCUCAUCCGAGCAGGUGCUGGCGCUGGGGCCAGUAGUGGGGAGCGUGCCCUUGACCAAAUUCGAGUCCGGGUCGUUGCUGGCAUCAAAGACCCCGCGACCAGGGCAGGUGAAGACACAUCUUGGGGCUCCAGUGCCAGGGAGUGGCACGCCCUCCGCUCUCCCGAUGGUUUCACUUCCUCUGGACAGCUUGAAGGGCUGGCUUCUCAAGUGGACCAACUACCUGAAGGGCUACCAGCGCCGCUGGUUCGUGCUCAGCAACGGCCUCCUGUCUUACUACAGAAAUCAGGGUGAAAUGGCCCACACCUGCCGUGGCACCAUCAACCUGUUCACUGCGCACUUUGACACGGAGGACUCUUGCGGUAUUGUGCUGACCAGUGGGGGCAGGACCUACCACCUCAAGGCCGGCUCAGAGGUGGAGCGGCAGCAGUGGAUCACCGCCCUGGAGCUGGCCAAGGCCAAGGCUGUCCGCUUGAUGAGCAGCCAGUCAGAUGACUCUGGGGACGACGAGGACGGGACUGCCUCCCCAGCUGACAAGAGCGAGCUACACGACACCAUCAAGAAGCUCUCCCUGAAGCUAGACGACCUCAGCACGUGCAAUGAGCUCGUGGCCAAGCACGGCGUGGCACUGCAGCGCUCCCUGAGCGAGCUGGACGGCCUCAGGAUCCCCUGUGAGAGCGGCGAGAAGCUGAAGGCAGUCAGCGAGCGGGCCACCCUCUUCCGCAUCACUUCAAAUGCUAUGAUCAACGCCUGCAGGGACUUCCUGGAACUAGCGGAGACGCACAGCCGGAAAUGGCAGCGGGCUCUGCAGUAUGAGCAGGAGCAGCGCGUCCAUCUGGAGGAGACCAUCGAGCAGCUGGCCAAGCAGCACAACAACCUCGAGCGCGCUUUCCGCAGCGCCCCCGGCCGGGCCACCAACCCCACCAAGAGCUUCAGCGAGGGAAGCCUCUUAACCACCAAAGGCGAGGACAGUGAGGAAGAUGAAGAUACCGAGUACUUCGACGCCAUGGAAGACUCCACGUCCUUCAUCACAGUGAUCACUGAGCCCAAGGAGGACAGAAAAGCUGAAGGUGGGACUACAGGCUCCGUGGAAUGGACCUCAGACAAUGUGCUAGACAGCACCUCACUUGUGCCCCAGGGCCCCCCCAAAGUCAAGAGGCGUGUCCGCAUCCCCGACAAGCCCAACUACAGCCUUAAUCUUUGGAGCAUCAUGAAGAACUGCAUCGGCCGGGAGCUCUCCAAGAUCCCCAUGCCGGUCAACUUUAACGAGCCCCUGUCCAUGCUCCAGCGGCUGACGGAGGACCUGGAGUACCACCACCUGCUGGACAAGGCCGUGCACUGCACCAGCUCCGUGGAGCAGAUGUGCCUGGUGGCGGCCUUCUCCGUGUCCUCCUACUCCACCACCGUGCACCGCAUCGCCAAGCCCUUCAACCCCAUGCUGGGCGAGACCUUCGAGCUGGACCGUCUCGAUGACAUGGGCCUGCGCUCCCUCUGCGAGCAGGUGAGCCACCACCCUCCAUCGGCCGCACACUAUGUGUUCUCCAAACACGGCUGGAGCCUCUGGCAGGAGAUCACCAUCUCCAGCAAGUUCCGGGGGAAAUACCUCUCCAUCAUGCCGCUAGGUGCCAUCCACUUAGAAUUCCAGGCCAGCGGGAAUCACUACGUGUGGAGGAAAAGCACCUCGACUGUGCAUAACAUCAUCGUGGGCAAGCUCUGGAUCGACCAGACAGGGGACGUCGAGAUUGUGAACCACAAGACAAAGGACCGGUGCCAGCUAAAGUUUUUACCCUACAGCUAUUUCUCCAAAGAGGUGGCCCGGAAGGUGACAGGAGUGGUGAGUGACAGCCAGGGCAAGGCCCACUACGUGCUGUCAGGCUCGUGGGAUGAACAGAUGGAGUGCGCCAAGAUCGUGCAAAGCAGCCCCAGCAGCCCCAGCUUGGACGGGAAGCAGAAAACGGUGUACCAGACGCUACCGGCCAAGCUGAUGUGGAAGAAGUACCCGCUGCCGGACAACGCGGAGAACAUGUACUACUUCUCGGAGCUGGCCCUGACCCUCAACGAGCACGAGGAGGGCGUGGCGCCCACCGACAGCCGCUUGCGGCCCGACCAGCGGCUGAUGGAGAAGGGCCACUGGGAUGAGGCCAACACGGAGAAGCAGCGGCUGGAGGAGAAGCAGCGUGUGAAUCGGCGCCGGAGGCUGGAGGCCUGCUCGCGGGGCUGCGGUGCGGAGGAAGGCUGCCCGCCCGCCUGCCCACUGUGCCGCCCAGCAGAGAAGGAGGCCGAAGUGUACGUGCCGCUGUGGUUUGAGAAGAGGCUGGACCCGGUGACUGGGGAGACGGCCUGCGUGUACAAGGGUGGCUACUGGGAGGCCAAGGAGAAGCAGGACUGGCACAUGUGCCCCAACAUCUUCUGAGCACCACCCGCCUCCUGCAAAUACAGGCAGCUGCACAGCCUGGUCCACCUUCUAUUUAAUGCACUCAGUUUAGUACUCAACUGCCCUCCCCACCUUUUCCUUCUUAUGUUUUUUAAUAACGCUUUUUUUGGGCUCCCACCUUGGAAGGAGGAAGUGCUGACCCAGGUUCUUUCCAGCCCCCAGGUGCCCCGGGUCUCCUAUGACCCUUCAUCAUGGACUUGAGCCCCAUCAGGACCCCCAGCUCCAGUUUCCACACCUCAGGCAGGCUGGCCCGGGCCCUGGGCUGCUCCAGUCACCAGCCCCCCAGGGAGGAACUGGCCCCCUCCCAGGGAGCCGCUUUUGACUUUUUUAGAAAAAAAUGAUCUCCAUUUCUUUCCGGCCAAGAUAUUUAGUAAAUAUUUUUAGUACAGCACUUGGUGGACAACUUUCUAAGUGUGCUUUCUUGCCACAGAAGUGUCCUGGCAAGAGCCCCUUCUUUUUAAGACAUUGGGAAGCCAGAUGGACCCCUUUGAGUCGGGAGCAUUUUGUAGCUCAAACAGCAAGGCCGUCUGUAUGUGAGCUGCCCGCCCCCAGGAGCCCAGGACCCCCCAGAGAAGGGAACCAAGGGCCGCUGGGCCCAGGAGAGCACAAGUCAGUUUUCCCUGGAGCCAGAGCCCCACGCAUGGUGGGGAAGGGGGCACUGAGGGACCGCCAUGUGGAUUUGAGGGCAACAGCCCCUGCCUAGCCCUGGCCAUGCUGGGGCUGCUCCGCAGCCCCACAGAGGCCGGGCCUGCUGGCGCUCCUGCCACAGAACCCGGCCCCAAAUAAGCAAUAAGAACCAACCCUCGGCUCAGCCUGGGUUGGUAUCCUGGGCACCAGAGAACUCAGAGUCCCGUCUCUGGGGUGCCCCAUCUCAGCACCCCUGAACUCUUUAUUUGCCUGAUUAUAUAUAUAUAUAUCUAUAUAUCUAUGAGAUAUAAAUAUAUAUAAAAUAGCUAUUUUGCUUCAUUUUUUAUGGUAUGUAGAAGUGACAAAAUGAUGACGACAGGGUGCUCCUGUCUGAGUUUGGCCCUCCUGUCAGCUGUGUCCUGCCCUCUCCUCAGAUUCCCUUCCAGUGGCUUCUGCCAACUGUUUUGGGGGGGGGGGGGCUGGGCCACUGUGGCCACUGUCCGAUCCCCUCAGAACUCCUACUCAACCUUUCACACUUCAAUUUGGUCCUGAAAGUUCAUCACAGGGUUUUACUUUCUACUCCAGGACUGGUUUUGUUUUUAUAAAAAAAACAAAAGUGAAAACACCAACGUGUGAAAUGCCUUAGGGUGCCCACUGGAGGGCCGGUGGGCAAAUGAGGCCUGCGACAGAGCUGUUCAAUGUUCC